AUGACCUCUGGUGGCUUGGUGCGCGUGACGUCCACCCAGGCCCCCGAGCUCGGCAUCCCAUGGGACAUCUUUUCUCUCGACAUCAUCAGCCCUCCUCCGCCCCCUCUGGCGCCCCCCCCACCUUUACCACCUCCGGGCAUGCCCUGGCCGCCAUCGUCGCCCUUCAUGCCCUCUGUCCCCAUGGCCACCGUAUCCGACUCCAACCUGGCCACGUCGACAGCCAGCGGCAGCGGUGUGAAUUCUCGCAGCUGGGCAUCGCAAUGGAAUCCGGGCGUGAUCCUGGAUGAGGUGAUUCCGGAUCCUCCGCGUGUCGUACGGGAUUUGCCGACGCUGUUCAUCUUGCUAGAUCUGUGCGGCAAGGGUGGCGGCCCCGCGACAACCAAUACGGUGGGUGCAGGGGGGGGGAAACUGGCGGCUUGGGAACUUUGGAGUUUUGCUCGGCGGUGGGGGAGUCAGAGAUUGCGUUGGCGCGUGGCAGGGGUAUGGGUUAUGGUUAGGGUACGGAAGGUGUUCUUGGAAGGUCUUGAAGCCGAGGGGGGUUUCGGAGUGGCCACGGGGGUUUCGGCGCUGGUGUCUCGUUGGAUUGGGAGCUUGGUGGUGGUGGUGGUGGUGGUGGUGGUGAGAUCACGGAGCCAAGAUAUGAAGCUGUUGGAGUUGGGGCGUGAAGGGUCCCUUGCGGAUAUGCUCUUCAAUGGGCUGGCACCCAUGUCGGAUUACAUUGCCACGUGCUCGUACGGCAAGGCACAGUUUGACCAGUACAAUACGAGGAUUGUGAACAUUGCGCUGCCUUGCAACGGUACGGGUCACGCGACCAAGAUGCCUUGGAAUUCGAGCAGCUGUAGCCGGGACAAUCUCUUCAACUGGAUGUACGAAGCGGAGUACUACAUUGACAAUGUUUUAAAACCCAAGGAUUGGAAUCACAGGCGAUAUCGUCACCACGUGAUCAUCACACCGCCCAACAUGCCCCAGUGGGCCGGGUCCGAAUGUAACUGGUCGGGGAUGGGGUCGAUCGGCAUGGCUCAGGGAACUUGGUCGUAUGCCUGGAUCUCCGGGGACAGCUGGAAGACAAAGCAGGUUUACCUUCACGAGCUGGGUCACAACUACAACCUGAUGCAUGCGGCCACCCUAGAGUCGGGAGACCCCGAAUCCUGUUCCCAUUGCGACUGGUCCUCUGCCAUGGGCUACUGCUGCGAUACCCGGUGCUUGUCGGCACCCCACAACUUCCAGUUGGGCUGGGCCAAGCCAGCAUCAACAGUCAACAGUUCGAAACUUGUUGCGGGCAAUACGUUGGCAUUUGAGCUUCCAUCGCAGAUUCUGUCUGAUGCCAAUUACCUGAAGGUGACAACCGAUUGGCUGUGUAACACGUCCGUUUCUGAAAGCGUCGUGCUUUCCUACGGCGGUUCGGAGUUUUACAAUCCCGCCAAUGCCACUUUCCUGCUUUCGUACCGUAUGGAAUUCAACGAGUUUGACGAAGUGGCUCCUGGAUUCGCCGGGGGCACCAACGUGUACUUGUUUUCGGUAAGAAGGCGGGAAGGGGCGUGCGGAGGAGCCGCGAGUAUGUCUGUAUGUGAGAAUGGAUGGGUGACUCUUGGGGUCCUUGAAUGGAGCGGUCAAAGGGAAGUGUCCAGCCAAAUGGAAGCCAAGGACUCGGUGCAUCUGGCCCUUCUCUCAGAAAGCAGCCCCUCCUGGACCGAUCCCUCGGGCACAUUGGUUGUACGACAAGUCGCCACAUCAUCGCUUGCUGCCGUUGUGACGGUUUGCCGGCCGGAUGGUAACUCGGAGGCGACGUACGAGCAAUGUACGGACUUCUGGGAUAAUGACUGCGAUGGUCUGGUCGGUCUCAUAAGCCGCCGCCUCUUCCAAGCCCGCCUUCACCAGCCCCCAAACAAAGAAAGAAGCGUCCUCCGCCACCGUCGCGACACGCCGGGUGAGUACAAGAUGCACCCUGCAUUGCUAUGCCUUUACAGUGUUAACAACGGGUAUUAUUGUGGGACGACCGCCUAGGGCCGCAGCAGAAAAACCUUCACGCAACAUGCAGAAGGUCAAUAAAGCGAGGGAAACAACAUUUAUAUCACAAGUAACUGCCGUCAACGGUCAACAGUCUCUUUGCCGCACUCGUCCACUUGUUCGUACACGCAAACUGAACCCUAAAACCCCAAGUACGUAUUCGCGAC